AUUAAGCAUGAAGCACCACCUCAAACACCAACUUUAGUACACCUUAUUGACAACACAAAAAUCUUAACUCCUAAGAUUACUAAAAAAAAUCUUUAACCGACCAAGAAAACAUGCAAAAAUUUAAUUAAAUACUUGCUAUAUAACCAUCACACUUUGUGUUCCCUCCAAGCCUAACGCCACUUCCAUAUUUCAAAAAUGGCCACAAACUCUACUUCAAAAAAUCCCUCUUUUGAAGCCAAUAUUGAUGCCUACUACGAGAAUUGGCUUAUCCAACUAGAAAAUUUUCUUGAAAAGCUAAAUGAAGUUUCAGCCUCAUAUGAUGUUUUCAAUGAAGAAAAUAUAAGCAAAUUGGUGACACAAGUUUUGGAUCAUUACCAAGAAUAUUAUCAAGAAAAAUUCAAGGCAACAAAUGGAGAUAUAUUUCUUCUUAAUUCUCCACCUUGGUAUACUUCUUUAGAAAGAACGUUACUUUGGAUGGCUGGUUUUAAACCUUCUAUGCUCUUUCCUACAAUUAAUUACUCAAUAGGUCAAGAAUUAACACCAGAGCAAGGCGAAAAAUUGAAGAGGCUAAAAUCAGAGAUUAGAAGAGAAGAGAAGGCAAUUGAAAAAGGGAUGGCGAAGGUUCAAGAAAGCAUGGCGGCGCCGCCGAUAUUUGAGCUGAUGAAAAGAGGGGGAUUUCUUGUUGAUGGGGAAGCUUCGGAAUUGGAAACUGUAAUUGAUGGGCUGAAACAGUCGAUGAUGGCGGUGAUUGAAACUGCGGAGCAUCUCCGAGGAGCGGCGGUGAGGAAGGUUCUAGAUAUUUUACCGCCGAAGCAGGCGGUGAAGCUAUUAGCGGCGGUGGCUCAGUUUCAUCUUCAGGCCAGAAAGUGUGGUUUACGAAUGGAUAAUCAGAGUGAGCAAUAUGAGAAGACAAACUCGUUCGAUGAGUUCAUCACCUUAUUCAUAGUCGGUUUCAAUUGAGAAAUCGAGCAACAUGAGAAGAGAAACUAGGUCGAUGAGUUUAUCUCCUCAUUCAACCCUGGUUUUAGUUGACAAAUCGAUUGAUGAACAAAAUAUGCAAAGACAAAAUCAUUCCGACAGUGUUAAUGUGUUAGAAU